AUGGUCGAUUCUAUGGCAGAAGUGAAAUUGACUUCUACUCCCCAAGUGAUUUGUUUCAAGGUUCCCGAUGGUUUUGACUGGCCCCUCUAUAUGUUACGAGAUAUCUUUGUCAACCUCAAUCUGCAAGCUUCACCGGUCACAUAUGUCGAAGAUAUUCGGCCUAUUUCUCCCCUGUUCUCUCUGACCGUUCGCGAACUACACACUCAACACGUAUCCGAUACGAGUGCAGCCAUAUCCUCUCUGUGUGCACAGACUAAUGUAGACAAUUCGGAUGGCUCAUUUCUAUUCCAACUAUGGUCGAACAUCUUCUCUUCCCCGGUUUUGUAUCAAGGCAAAACGCUGACCUCGGUCAACGAGAUCAACUUUACCAUCCCGGCAUUUCCAUCCCCGUGCCUCGUGGUGUGUCGUGACGCUGGCCAACUAGUCAUUCCAUCCACACUACACGUCAAUGUGACAUCCAUGUUCAACGAGAUCAAUCUUUUCAAAUGUGUUCUGGGUCUGAUCACUGUCAUCCUGUCGGAUUAUUUAUCACAAACAAUCGGAUUCUACUAUCUGUCCGGGGUUAGCAUGACCGUAGUUGGGAGCCUUGUGAUUGCUCUAAUCCUAUUCAUACGUAUGCUCCCGCUUCGACGAAGUGGUACUGUGCUGCAAGGUCUACUGAUUUUGCUCGGAAGCACGUUCAGUUUAUCCUGUAUGCUUUUGGAAUAUGUCCGGUCCACCAUGUUUGAUCUGCUCAUGGACAAUGCUGAGUAUACUACGGUCUAUGUGGUCCUGGUGGCGUUUCUCUCGUUUGUUUUCCUCUACUGGUUUCGUUUGCCUGACCUGUUGGUGGAGCGUUAUCCACGAACCUCGGUCGUGAUGCGAUACACGCUUCGCGUGUUUGGUGCCACAUUGUUUAUCUAUUCCCUGUACUUGCCGUUUGAUGAGGUUAGCAUGGGUCGUUCUCUUCUGGCAUUUAUUUCCUCCCAAUUUGUAUCCCAAACUGAUCCGUCUUCGAAUUGGUCUCGAAGUGUCAAUUCGUAUGCGCCAAAACUGGUUCGAUUGUUCUUGAUUCUCUGUGUUGUUCUAUUCAGUGAUUUGUGUGACUGUUGGCGUUCGUCUUCCCCGAGGGGAAGGGGUAGAAAACGCCGGUCCGGUCGAUUUCCAAUCGCGGACGGUGAUAUUUAUGAAUCCGUGACCAUGAUACCCGGCUCCCCAUGGGCUUCAUCCUCACCAUAUCAGCCGGUUACGGGAGAGCAUUUUUCUCCCGCAUUCAUCCCGCGUACACCUAGGACAACAGGUCGUCCGUCCAUCGGUGUUCCGUACGAGGUAAACAAGAGUUAUCCGCGUGGUAGUCGCCAAAGUUUUGGUCUAUAUAAGAAUGGCUACUAUCCCGGUCCAGUCGACGAUCUCUUGACAGACGAUGAAGAAGAUUAA